GCAUCAUGUGGGCUCGCCCAGCCCCUCGCGCGGAGGAGCCGGGCCGCCGUUGUCGCCGCCGCUGCCGCCGGGGUUCCUGAGGCGACCGGUGUCCGGAGGAGUCUCCUCAGGUCUGGCUGCCGCCGCUGCUUCCGCUUCCGCCGCCGCCGCCGCCGCCAUGAGUCUCUGAGAGGGAAAAGGGGAAGGAAGCGGGACCAUGUAAAGCGACGCUCACCCAGAAGCCGCUCUCUCUCUGCCUGUGUCUUUGUGUGUUGGGGGCUAUCAUGGCGACGUCCAACCUCUUAAAGAAUAAAGGUUCACUUCAGUUUGAAGACAAGUGGGAUUUCAUGCGCCCCAUUGUUCUGAAGCUUUUACGCCAGGAAUCUGUAACAAAACAGCAAUGGUUUGAUCUAUUUUCGGAUGUGCAUGGAGUUUGUUUGUGGGACGAUAAAGGCCCAGCAAAAAUACACCAAGCUUUGAAAGAAGACAUCCUUGAUUUUAUUAAACAAGCACAAGCAAGGGUGCUCAGUCACCAAGAUGAUACUGCACUACUGAAAGCCUAUAUUGUAGAAUGGCGUAAAUUCUUCACACAAUGUGAUAUACUACCAAAGCCAUUUUGUCAGUUAGAGAUUACUCUCAUGGGUAAACAAGGCAGCAAUAAGAAAUCCAAUGUAGAAGACAGUAUUGUACGAAAGCUCAUGUUAGAUACUUGGAAUGAGUCUAUAUUUUCAAAUAUAAAGACUCGUCUUCAGGACAGUGCAAUGAAGCUGGUCCAUGCUGAACGUCUAGGGGAAGCAUUUGACUCUCAACUUGUCAUUGGUGUUAGAGAAUCCUAUGUUAAUCUGUGUUCCAAUCCAGAAGAUAAACUCCAGAUUUAUCGGGAUAAUUUUGAAAAAGCAUACCUUGAUUCAACAGAGAGAUUUUAUAGAACUCAAGCCCCUUCGUAUUUGCAACAAAAUGGUGUACAGAAUUAUAUGAAAUAUGCAGAUGCUAAACUAAAGGAAGAAGAAAAAAGAGCAGUGCGGUAUUUAGAAACCAGACGUGAAUGUAAUUCUGUAGAAGCACUAAUGGAGUGUUGUGUGAAUGCUCUGGUGACUUCUUUUAAGGAGACUAUUUUAGCAGAAUGCCAAGGCAUGAUCAAACGAAAUGAAACUGAAAAAUUGCAUUUAAUGUUUUCGUUGAUGGAUAAAGUUCCUAAUGGAAUAGAGCCUAUGUUAAAAGAUUUGGAAGAACAUAUUGUUAGUGCUGGAUUAGCAGACAUGGUGGCAGCAGCUGAAACCAUUACUACUGAUUCUGAAAAAUAUGUAGAACAAUUGCUUACAUUAUUUAAUCGAUUUAGCAAACUGGUUAAAGAAGCUUUUCAAGAUGAUCCAAGGUUUCUUACUGCAAGAGAUAAGGCAUAUAAAGCAGUUGUAAAUGAUGCUACUAUAUUUAAACUUGAAUUACCACUGAAACAGAAGGGUGUUGGAUUGAAAACACAGCCAGAGUCCAAGUGCCCGGAGUUACUUGCUAAUUAUUGUGAUAUGUUGUUAAGGAAAACGCCACUAAGCAAAAAACUUACUUCUGAAGACAUUGAAGCAAAGCUUAAAGAAGUGCUAUUGGUACUGAAGUAUGUGCAGAACAAAGAUGUUUUCAUGAGAUACCACAAAGCUCACUUAACAAGACGUCUAAUAUUGGAUAUAUCAGCAGAUAGUGAAAUAGAAGAGAACAUGGUGGAAUGGCUAAGAGAAGUAGGCAUGCCAGCUGAUUAUGUAAAUAAGCUGGCAAGAAUGUUCCAAGAUAUCAAAGUAUCUGAAGAUCUGAACCAGGCCUUCAAGGAAAUGCACAAAAAUAAUAAGUUGGCCCUGCCAGCUGAUUCUGUGAAUAUCAAAAUUUUAAAUGCUGGUGCCUGGUCCAGAAGUUCUGAAAAGGUGUUUGUAUCACUUCCCACGGAAUUAGAAGACCUUAUCCCAGAGGUAGAAGAGUUCUACAAAAAGAAUCACAGUGGCAGGAAACUUCACUGGCAUCAUCUUAUGUCCAAUGGCAUUAUAACUUUUAAGAAUGAAGUUGGCCAGUAUGACUUGGAGGUAACAACAUUUCAGCUGGCAGUGCUUUUUGCAUGGAACCAAAGACCCCGAGAGAAGAUCAGCUUUGAAAAUCUUAAACUAGCAACAGAACUCCCUGAUGCAGAGCUUAGGAGAACUUUGUGGUCUCUUGUAGCAUUUCCAAAGUUGAAACGUCAGGUUUUGUUAUAUGAACCUCAAGUCAAUUCACCCAAAGACUUUACAGAAGGAACUCUCUUCUCAGUCAACCAGGAGUUCAGCUUAAUAAAAAAUGCGAAAGUUCAAAAAAGAGGUAAGAUAAACCUAAUUGGCAGACUGCAACUAACUACAGAGAGAAUGCGAGAAGAGGAAAAUGAAGGAAUAGUUCAGUUAAGAAUAUUACGAACCCAGGAGGCUAUCAUCCAAAUAAUGAAAAUGAGGAAGAAAAUUACUAAUGCUCAACUUCAGACUGAACUAGUAGAGAUAUUAAAAAACAUGUUCUUGCCACAGAAGAAAAUGAUAAAAGAGCAGAUUGAAUGGCUUAUAGAACACAAAUAUAUCAGAAGAGAUGAAUCAGAUAUCAACACUUUUAUAUACAUGGCAUAACAUGAAGACUCUUACAGGAAGAUGCCAAGAAAUGUGCAUUGAAGGUGGUUUGAGCAGACGAAACGACAAGACAAAGGACUGUGCUGAGGAAGGACUUGUUUGACUUACAUUACAUAUUCAGAUCCCUGCCUUACCUUACCAGAGGACUUUGUUUUGCCAACCUUUUUUUCAGCUAGCAUGAUGGCAUUCCCUUCAUGUUGCACACUUUUUUAACAGCAUGCUGGUUUUUUGUCAGGAAACUUUGCAUUCAUGGAGAGCUCAUUGUGAGAUUUAAGGUUUGAUUUGCACCCAUUUGGAACAGAAAAGAAUUGAGGAUUUUAAGAGGAACAGUACUUGCACAAGGAAAAUAUCUUCACUUAUUCAUGCACUGAGAAACUGCUAUAAGUUUUCACAUUAAACAAACAAAUAGGACUAGAUGUAGCACUUCACAUGUUGUGUUUUGGAUCAACAGCCUAAAUAUACUGUCCUGAUUUUGAUCUCUGUGCAUAUAAUAUUUGAGCAAGUACAUGACAGCUGAAGAUAUAUAUUUAACAGUUGGCUCAAGCAAGUGCUUUAGUAUAACAACUGGAUUUGGAUCUUGAGGAAGAAGUGAUGUUAAACAGAAUAUAUCAAAUUUGUUGCUGUUCUUUGCAGAACUUGGGUACACAUUUGUUUAUUGGACAGAUGGUUUGCUUCAAUACCCUUCUUUUUUUUAAGAGAAAGAGAAAGUGCUUGAUCUUUAAGAAAUGAGUUUUAUGGAUAGAUCUGUUUAUGGCGAAACAAAAUGAAAUAUUAAGUGUAUUUCUUUGUACAUUUAAUAUUUGUAUUCACUGUUUUAGUAUGCUUCUGAAUGCAUUAAAUAUAGCCAGUGCACAAAUCCCCCAAAUAGAAAUUAACAUUUUGACAAUCCCAAUACAUUUCUUCCUUUGAUUAUUUAUUUGACAAUAUCUAAUACAGGUUUAAAUAGAGUUUUAUGCUGAGGGGAAAACCCUGACUAUGUGGAAGAAGACAAUUCUUUAGUGUACUUAGACCAGCUUGAUAUUCAUAUGCUGAGAGAAUGACACAAAUAUUAACAGGUUAUGAGAUUGGUCUACCAAAAAUUGCUGCAGCCAGCCUCCAUUUGCUCUACUGGAAAGUGUAGCAGCUUCCUCAAUGGAAUGUGCCCUUGUUCUUUUUCUUUGUUACAUAAAAAUCUGCUUCAGCAUUAAGGAAGCAAAGGAGACCACACUAAGGCUUUUGUGCAUAAUAUACUUUACUACUACAUAAAAACUGAAACAAAUGCUGAUGAAUGUCUCCUUCACCCUUCCCUGAGUAACUACUGAGUUGCUGCUGUGUCCAGAUGCUCUGAAAUAUCCAUCGCGUUGUAGGUUCUUUUCAGUGGUCUCAGUACUACCAGCAGAUUAAGAAGGGAAAAAAAUGAAUGGCGAAAAAGAGUAAGUUUUUAUUGUGUCCUGUUACUACUUCUGUGCAUGAGAAUGCAACUUUGUAAAACCCCUUUUCAGAUAGUAGCAGUCCAUAUCAAUUGUCUUUCGGUUUGAUGGCUAGUGGUUGUGCAUACUAAUCCUAUGUGUUGCUGUUUAUUGGUUGAAAAAAUGAGAUCUAAACAGUUUGUUAUGUAGGUAGGACAAAUUUGACAGGGGCAGAUGCCUUUUGCAGCAUAGGUUUACUAUUUUGCAGACACACAGGUCAGUAACUGCCCUUCAGCAAAUACAACAUACCAGCUUCCAAACAAAAUAUAAUAUAAUUUUGGGAAUGAGGAGUAGGGACAGUGCAUGUGCCAGAGAACAGCAAGUCUUCAUGGAUUGGUAAAAAAAAAAAAAGGGGGGGGGGGGGGAUAAUAAUAGUGUAAUGAUUUAAAAUCUGUCUGUCUUUGCAUUUUCUAUUCCUUGUAUAGCAGAGAACAAUAUUUUUAAAAGUCUUCAUUUCAAACUUCAAACUUGAUAUAGAACAGCAGAAUUUCAGCUUAAACAUUUUGUGUGCAAGGGUUAAAGAAAAUGUUUUAAUACUUAUCAACGUAAGUUAAAGGAAAGAAAACUAUAGUUGGUUCCCCACAGGUCUUUUGUAUUUGCUACAUGAUUGUUAUAAUUCUGCAUUUGAUUUGGAAAUUCCUUCGGAAAUGAAUAGGAAAAGACACUUUUUAAAAAAGUGUACAUAUGUAUCUCAAAUACUUUGAUAGAGUGCUUUUCAAUGGUAUGCUUCCCAUUAAUUCUGAUGCAUAUGGAGUAGGCAUGACAUACUCAAUAUAAUGUGUGCUGAUUCUCAUAGUUAAUUUCUUCGUGUUAUUCCAACUAUUAGAAAUCUGUACAUCAAACUUAUUCCUUUUUCAUUUCCUAGCAGUGCAAAUGCUGCUGCUGUUUGGGAUUAGUGGCUAAGAUUUAAGUGGCUGCCCAUGGACUUCAUUUGUGACUCUUCUGAGCUGCCCCCUUUUGCCCCCAUAGAAACGAGGCAUCCAGUGCAGCACAAGAGGCUGCACAUGGAAGGGGAAAUUGCCAAACGCCCCCCCCAAACCCAUGCACACGUGGAAGCACUUUACGAGCACACAUGGGGCUGUUGCAGUCUCCUCUGUCCCAUUCGUUUACAUAGAAGGAAAAUACUGAAUGCUCACUGUGUCUCCAUUUCAUAUGAUUAUUUCAAAUAAAAGUUAUUUAAAUGUGUUUAAGGCCGGGGAAAUUAAAACAGACAAUGUGCCUAUAAAGUGGUUCAGGUUUUUCCUUUUUCUUUCUUUUUUUGUGUAUGUGGGAAUAGGAUGUCAUGUAAAAACACUGAAUCUGAAAAUCACACCAGCAAUUUCCUUACAGCUGCAGAAUCACAUUUAGUAUCCUUUGUCAGGACAUUUUCACCAAGAUGCCCUUAAGGCCAAGGUUAUCAGGUGGAAAAAUACACUAGUUUAAAAAUGUAUGCAGAAGUAUGAAAACAUCCAAAUCUUUUUUUUAAAUAAAUAUAUCAGUCAUUGCAGUAUGGCAAAGUGACUAUUUUAAAGCUGAUUUUUUUUAGCUUUGGAUGUUUUUCUCCAAAGACUUAGCAGAAAGAGGUGCUGCUUCUGAAAAAUUUGUGUGGCCACAAGCACUGCCAUUGUGGUUUGUAUUAAGUAAUAUUGUUGAUGUGAAAAAUAAUGUAGGUUUCAUUGAUUUUAAAUACAGACGUUUUUAACACAGCAAAUGAGGUUCACACUUAAUUUUGAAGUCUUCCAUUUUUUUUUCCUUUAUCCCUCUGCCGUUCCUCAUUUUCUACCUACUCAGUUGUUUAAGCCUGUUCUUGUUGGAGCAUAGUGUAGCUAAAUUUAAUUUUAAGUGGUGGCUUUUUCCCUUAAAAAAAAGUAACAUGAUCUGAGUCGACAAACACUUAAUUUAUUUGCAUUAUGCUAUUUGUUGUAAAAGGUACAGAUUUUAAAAAUACAGCUGAGAUAAAUAUUUGAUAGCUUCAUGGAAAGAUUUGGUACCUUGAAUGCAAACAUGUUUUCUAUUUUCAUGGAACUGGCUGGAUGCUAUCUUUGUAAAUUCAAGGUCCUAUUUGUGAAAUAAAACAGUACUUAAGA